GCACCUUUCAUGCAAGGCACCGUGACAGCUUUAUAACGUAACCUCAUAUAUUGAUGGAAAAAUUACGAUGUUAAAUUAAAGUUUAAUUAAAGUAUCUAUUGUCAUCAGAUCUUAGACCAAAAUAUAAAAAUCAGCAUUGAUAUAAAAAAAAAUCACUGAACGUUUGCGUUUAGCGUACUCAGCAGGUUUUUCAUGGUACCAAAUAUCAGAUGUUUUUUGUCGCCUCUCUGAUUUAAUAUGGAAGCUAUAAAAGACUACAUAGAUUGUAUAAACUUUCAUUGGAUAGUUGUAGUAGCCACCGGAAUGUAUACACAUAUAAGGCAAAUUUGCAUUAUCGGCUUGUGUUUUGACGAUGACAAUAUUCCACCUUUUGAUCCGUCCUAUGCAUCUGUCCUAUUUAUUUUCUCCGUUUUGUGUCUACUUGCGGAGUACAAACUUUGGCCACGAUCCUUAAAAGAACCUCCUAUCCAGUUAUUGGUGAUUUACGAGAUGUUGGUGUCAGCAUUAGUAACAAAUUUGGCAACGAGGGCAAUUUGGAUUCCACUUUUGCAUGCUAUUUGGUGCAUGACACAAGAAUCAAGCAGAUGGUUAACGUGGUUGAAUACAGUGAUGGGUCUUGACCGCUACUCUCUUCUCCACUCAGUAGCACUUUAUAUGGAAAAAGACAUGGCAGCAAUUUACACAGCUUUUUGCUUAUCAGUUUUGUCUUUCGUUUGGAUGCUGGAUGCGACGGAAUCACUGGAUGGGAUACUUGAUAUGUGGACCAAGUAGUAAUGUAUUUCACAAGAAGGGAAAAUGAACAAUAAUUAGAAUUAGAGUUCUUUUUACGCCUCGGACUCAUUUGAAAAAUUCAAAAUAGUGUCAAUGUAACAUUAAAAUGGGGCUAAGCGGUGCAUGUGGGGAAAAGCGGCACGCUUUUGUUUCUGCAAUUCUGAAUGUGAUAUUUACUUCUUCUUGGUAAACAUUUUAUUAUAGGUAAUUUGGAAAAAAUGGUAAAACUUGAAUUGUAAAACUUCGCUUCGUCCCAACUUACGGUAGCAUACAUUUUGAAAAGUAAUAGCAAAAUAGUGUCAUGCAAUUUUUUAAAUUUUAAAUGGAGGCAAUAAGUAUAUUUGGAUAAUUAGUUGUCGAUUUUUCGUUAUAAUAUGUGACCAAAAUAUCCCUAAAAACAAAGUAUUAAAUUUAUCGAUUCAGAAUUUUAUGUUUUUUUUGUAAUUUAAUUAUUUCGUCAAGUUUGCUUUUGUUUUGAAAUUUGAAUAAAUAAGGACAUUCGUAACCGAUUUAAAAGUUUUAUGACUAAAGUUAUUCCUUUACCAAAAUGGAUAAAAUAAAUUAAACAUUAAGUUUUUGUUUUAUUUUUUUCUAAUUCAGUCAAUAGCUUUUAUGGCAAAAACAAUCGAGAAGAAAAGAAUCUAGAGUUCAAUGUAGUGGAAACAGAAAAUUCCUGAAAUUAUAAAAUUUUUGGAAUAUAAAGAUUUGGGAAAUAUAAUUACCGGACAAUGUUUAUAAUAUUACCGAUUUUUUGAAUUUCCAAAUUUAUAAAGGUUAGAGAUGGAUUUUUAU